UGAUAAGCAUCGGUGACAGGGUGACAGGGUAUGGUGGUUUGGAAAACUGAGGUGAUAAGGUUAAAAUUGAGAUUGGCGUUAUUUUUGGGACCAACAACCACAAAAUCGACAAAACAAAAUAAAAACGACCUUAAAAAAAAAUAAAAUAAAAAAAAGAGAAAGAAAGAGAUUUCAUCAUAAUUUGAUAAUUAGGUGUGGUGAGAGGCUGAGGUGAAGGCUGAAACAACAAAACAUUGUUGACAUGGCCAGCAGUAUGAGUGUAAGCAGGAGGAGAUUUGGAAGAUUGCUGGCAAGAAUCAGCGGCAGCAGAAGGCAAUUUUCUUCUACAACCUCCUCCAUUUCCAUUGAUGACCAACAGCAACAGCAAGCCCAACCCCAACCCCAACCCAGAUCCUUGAACCUCUACUCUGCUAUCAACCAAGCUCUCCACAUCGCCUUAGAUUCUGAUCCACGUGCGUAUGUAUUUGGCGAAGAUGUGGGCUUUGGUGGGGUAUUCCGUUGCACAACAGGAUUAGCCGAUCGUUUUGGUAAAAGUAGGGUUUUCAAUACUCCUCUCUGUGAGCAGGGCAUUGUUGGUUUUGGCAUUGGUCUAGCAGCAAUGGGCAAUCGAGCAAUAGCAGAAAUCCAAUUUGCAGAUUAUAUAUAUCCUGCUUUCGAUCAGAUUGUCAACGAAGCUGCAAAAUUCAGGUACCGGAGUGGCAAUCAAUUUAAUUGUGGAGGUUUAACAAUAAGAGCCCCUUAUGGAGCUGUGGGCCAUGGUGGACAUUACCACUCACAAUCCCCUGAAGCUUUCUUCUGUCAUGUUCCUGGUAUCAAAGUGGUCAUCCCUCGAAGUCCACGGCAAGCAAAAGGGUUAUUACUAUCUUGCAUCCGUGAUCCAAACCCUGUUGUUUUUUUUGAACCUAAGUGGCUAUACCGCUUGUCAGUAGAAGAGGUUCCAGAGCAUGACUACAUGUUACCUUUAUCAGAGGCUGAGGUAAUUCGAGAAGGCAAUGAUAUUACAUUGGUUGGAUGGGGAGCUCAGUUAUCCAUAAUGGAACAGGCUUGUAUUGAUGCUGAAAAAGAUGGAAUUUCUUGUGAACUGAUAGACCUAAGAACUCUAAUACCCUGGGAUAAGGAAACAGUGGAGGCUUCUGUCAGAAAGACUGGAAGGCUUCUUAUUAGUCAUGAAGCUCCAGUUACUGGUGGGUUUGGGGCUGAAAUAUCAGCUUCUAUUGUUGAAAGGUGCUUCUUAAGGUUAGAAGCACCUGUAAGCAGGGUAUGUGGUCUGGACACCCCCUUCCCUCUUGUAUUUGAGCCUUUCUAUAUGCCCACCAAGAAUAAAAUAUUGGAUGCAAUUAAAGCGACUGUGAAUUACUAGUCUGCCCAUUAAGUCAUCUUCUAUCUUGCAUAUUUAAAAGGGACAUGUGAUUUAAGCUCUCUAGCUAAAACAUUAGUAUGGUGUUUCUCUAUCCAUCUCUGCCAGUGCGCAAAAUAAACUGUAAACCUUCAUUUA